CAUAAAUGAAUUAGAAAAUUUUCUAAUAUUACAUGCAUUAAUAAGAUAUUAAGAACAAAUUAUAAUAAUAUUCUAUGAAAUAAAAACAUAAAGUAAGCUAUAACUCUUACGUAAAUUUUACAAAAGCAAUACAUAUAAUGAUGACCACGAAAUGGAACGAACAUUCCUAUCAUUAUCUCUUUUAAAUACAACUAGAAAUAAAUAAAACAUAAAACUUGAAAAUAUCAAAAGUAUCAAAAGAUGCUCGAAUUUAAAUCCAUUAAAUAUAAAAUGCUACCAAACAGUUUCCUCUUGUACAAACAUUUCUUACGAACCAGUUUCAACCCAAAACUUCUUUGUUCCUCUGUAAAUAUUCUUUAUAAAUUAAAUUUGUCCAUACCGAAAGGUCAUGGAUAAAAAGUUAUGGAAUGGAAACGAUUGCAUCACCAGUGCAGUAGUUAUAUGUGUAAAGAAAGAAGUUACACAUGUCUCCGUUACCUUGAUACAUUGGUGUAGAACCAACAAAGGACUAGGUUAAAGAAAGAAAUCGCUAUUGAUGAUAGCAUUGUACUUCAUAAGCAGAGGAACCUUGACCUUUGUCAAUGGACGUGCCCCUUUUCCCAGCACCGCCAAUCCUUGGGGGUGUUGCGACGCCCGUUAGUGAUGUUAUAGACGUUGCGAAGUUGACACCUGUUUCGCUGUCCGCUGUUACAUGCGCUCGUAAACAACAUGCCGGGAAGAAAAUGCAUAGGGCGAUCAAGAUCCACAAAAUACGACAUUCUGCCCAUAGGAACGUAAUACAUCCGAAAUCGAAGGACGAGAUCGGACGUCGCGUUACCGAGUUUCACAUAACGAUGACCGAACAGCAGAGGCACAACCAGAAUGAAGACGACAACGAUGUAGUUUUUGCAAUAGAUACACCUACAACAGUUUCGGAAGACAUCUCUCCGCGAUACAAAACGACCGCAAAUUCCGAAAAACCGACGAAAUCAAUUGCUAUUCAAACAACAGUUGGACUACCAUUGCGACUCAGGGUUUUACCAUCCGUUAAAGAUAUCGUCGAAGAAGAAGAUGUAGCUUCGUCAAAUGUAAAAGGAUUUUCGAAAAUAUGGAGACAUAUUAGAUUUCUAGGAAGAUUAUCACUCUCGUUGUUUGGAUUGACGUGGUUACUUACCAUUUGGGCAAUUGCUGGUGCAGUGGCUUUUUGUGCCAUUGAGGGACCUCGGGAACGUGAGCAAGUUGUAAAAUUGAAGGAUAUGCAGAAAGAUUUAGCAGUUGGCUUAGCGACGGAAUUGAGACAGUUGCGUACAGAAAAAGAAGAAGACGUAGAACCGCUUUGGAGUAACAAAGUGCACCAAUAUGUAGAAAAACACGAGCAGUUGCUAUUGAUGGCAGUUAGUUCUGGAUAUGGCGAAAGUGGAAAUAGUGGACAACUUUGGACGUUUCCGGGUUGUAUCUUAUUUGCGCUUUCACUUCUCACCACUCUUGGUUUUGGUGCCCCGGUUCCACGAACGACAGCUGGUCGAACAGUAACUGUUAUUUUUGCAGCAAUUGGUAUACCUGCACAUUUUCUUUUAGUUAUGAAUCUUGGUCUUCUGUUAGCAGUACGAUUACAAAGAUAUGCUAUAUCGAGGAUACUUGAAGGAUAUGAGCAAACAGAGCUAAGUUAUACACCGCCAGUACCAAAAUGGGUUAAGGUAGUGCCCUUCGUUUGUGUAGCCACUUACUAUCUGCUGGGAGUUUUGUGUUUUGGAGUAGCUAGAUCCAGGCCAAUUGCAGCAAGUGUUCUAUUUCCAUUAGAUUUUACUGCUGCUGGUGGUCUUUCAACAAUAGUUGGCUAUGUGCGAGUAUUAUACGGUCUUUACUUGGAAGGUGCAGUCACUAUUGCUGCUAUUGCGGUUGCGGUUUUGGGUGUAUCAACUACUCAGAACUUGACCAAUAUUGGUCUCAAAUAUGGUUUAUUAAUCGAAGCUUAGUAUUUUCAAUAAACGUUUUAUAUUUCGAAUAUAUAACUAUCUUAAAGAUAAUUUGUCAUAAAGCUGUUUCGUUGUAAUGCAUAUUUCACUGAAUUGCAUUAAAUUAUACAUAUCAGUAAAAUGUAAUUUCAAGAUCGAUAAUUUUCAGAAUAAAAUUUUAUAAAAAAUUAUAAAUAUAUAAAACACAAUAGAAUUCUAUGUUCCACAUUUACACCAUAUGUUUUAAUUACAAAGUAUAUAUUAUAAAUAACAAAAUUCUUCAGCUAUAACAUCAUAAUUUAUUAGCAUUCGUUAGAUAAUACGAAACACGAUAUCGGCAUAAAAUGAAUGAAAUAAUUGAAUAUAUACAUACAUAUAUACAAUACUACAUGCGUCAUAAACUCCAGAAUCGAUAAAAUUAUUUCAUAAAUAUUUUAUAUAAUAUUUAUAUAAAUACUUUUAAAUUAUGUAAAUAUUUAAUAUCUCUAGUUAAGAAUAUCCAAUAAAUUAACGUUCUUCGUAAGCAGCAGGUGUAAUAAAACAUAUUCUGCAUCAAUUAGUAAGUAUUUUUAAUUACUACGAGCAUUAACACACUCUAUUUUCACAUGCAUAAAAAUAUCAUUGUACAUACAGUAAAUAUUAAUAUAUGACAAGAAUAAUGAAAAUUUUGAUAUGAAAACAUAAAAUGUGUUAGAAAUCAUUUUAUUAAAAAUGAUUAACAUGAACAUCUAUCUAUCUCUUUCAAUCAAUAAAUUUUCUUCCAUUCUGUUGUACUUACAUUCAAAAAAUUCAAUAUUGAUAUUUACUAAAUCAUAUUUAUCGUGUAACUUUCUAAUAUGAUUAUACUAUACUUGCCAAAUUAAAAAAUCAUGUAUAUGUAUACAUAUCUGUAUUACUUGAACCUUAAACAAUUGAUUACUGAAGAAAUUAUUUAAAGUAAAAUACUGAUUUAAAAUCAUAGUAUGGAUAUUAUCUAUAAUCCAUUAUUAUAUAUUGUUUAUAUUUUACACAUACUUCUGCAUUUGUAAUCAAUGUAGUUAAACUAAUAAAUUAAAUUUAUACU